ACUCCCGCCCCCACGACCACGAGGCCGCGCACGCCCACGGCCCAUGCCUCCCACUGCCGCGUCCGCGGCCACGGCUACGGCCGCAGCCGCCGCGCUGCCCUUCCCUUCCCCGCGCCGCGUCCCGGCAGCGAAAUCCGUCUGGGUGAACCCCAACCUCCCCACCUCCCAUCCCCUCCACCACCGCCACAAGUCCGCCGCCGAGCUGCAGCAGCGCCAGCACGAGGACCGCGCCCUCGACGUCCCCGCACUCGUGGCCGCGCUCUCUGCCGCGCGGACGGCGGCCGACCUGGCCGCCGUGCUCGCCCCGCACCGCCCCGUCUCCGCGCGCCUCCUCGGCGCGCUCCUCUCCCGCCUCCCCGAGCCGCGCCGCGGCGUCGCGCUGCUCGACCUCCUCGCGCCGGACCUCACGGCCCCCGCGCUCCUCAUCCCCUACAACCUCCUCCUCCGCUCCGCGUGCCGCGCUGGCGAGCUCCGCCUCGCCUCCGGCCUGCUCCUCGAGAUGCGGGACAGGGGCGUGACCCCCGACGCGUUCUCCUACUCCACGCUCCUCGCGGCGCUCACCCGCGCGGGCCACCUCGACCACGCGCUCACCUUCCUGCCGCUCAUGGAGGAUGACGCCGUGGCCCCGGACCUCAUCCUCUUCUCCAACCUCAUCCACCUCGCCCUCCGCGGCGGCGACGCGCCCAAGGCGCUCGCGCUCUUCUCCCGGCUGCGGGGCGCGGGGAUCAGGCCCGACCGCAAGGCCUACAACGCCGCCGUCGCCGCCUACUGCAAGUCCGACCUGCUCCGCGACGCCAAGCGGCUGCUGCUCCACGACAUGCCCGCCGACGGCGUCGCGCCCGACGCGGAGUCCUACUCCCCGAUCCUCGCCGCGCUGGCGCGCCGCGGGCGGCACCUCGCGGCCGUGUCGCUCUUCUCGCACAUGCGCGCCGUGGCGCGCGUCAAGCCGGACCUCUCCGUGUUCAACAUCGUGCUCAACGCGUACGGGCAGCUGGACCUCGCGCGCGAGGCGGACCGGCUGUUCUGGAACAUGCGCCGGGCCGGCGUGGCGCCGAGCGUGGUCACCUACAACACCAUGCUCCGCGUCUACGGCGACGCCGGGCUGUUCGGCGAGGCAGUUCACCUGUUCGGUCUCAUGCGCAGCGCUUCUGAUGGCAAUGGUGGCGCUGGCAGCAGCAUCAAGCCGAACGUGGUGACGUACAACACCAUGAUUGCCAUCUACGGCAAGUCGCUGGAGGACGAGAAAGCCGGGAGCUUGGUGCAGGACAUGCAGGCCAAUGGCGUCCAGCCCAACGCCAUCACUUACUCCACCAUCCUCUCCAUAUGGGUGAAGGCCGGGAAGCUGGACCGCGCUGCCAAGCUGUUUGAGAAGCUGCGGGAAGCCGGCACGGAGAUCGACCCGGUGCUGUACCAGACAAUGGUAGUGGGCUAUGAGCGUGCCGGGCUUGUUUCGCAGGCCAAGCGUUUGUUGCACGACCUGAAAGAUCAGGACGGCAUCCCCAAGGAGACUGCCAUCAAAAUCUUGGCGAGCGCCGGUCGUGUGGAAGAGGCAGCAUGGCUGUUCCGCCGUGCAGCCAACACCGGCGAGAUUAAGGACUCGUCGGUGCACAGAGCCAUGAUGGACUUGUUUGCCAAGAACCGGAGGCACCGGAAUGUGAUCGAGGUGUUUGAUGAAAUGAGGAAGCUGGGUCAGUUGCCGGACUCGGAGACGAUCGCCACCGCGAUGAAUGCUUAUGGAAAGCUGAAGGAAUUCGACAAGGCCGCGGUACUAUACCAGACAAUGAGGGAGGAAGGCUGCGUGUUCUCAGAUCGGGUGCACUUCCAGAUGAUCAGCCUGCUUGGAGCUCAGGACUUCGAGGCGCUGGAGACGCUGGUCGGCGAGCUUAGCCAUGACCCAAACAUCGACAAGCGGGAGCUUUACCUUGUGGCUGCCGGCACCUAUGAGAGAGCAUACAAGUUUGAUAAGGCAUCCCAGAUAAUAAGCCAGAUAAGGAGCUCCAACGGUUUUGAUGUCCAGAAAUUCAGAUAAAAUGCUCCAUGUCCCGCUAAUAUAACGUCCAGAGAAUCUGACGACAAUGUUACAGAUAAAAUAAUAAAGAGCACUGACAAAAGUUGGUUA